AUGGUGGUCCAGAAGAAGCGCUCUCGCGGGUCUACUGAGGCCCCUGCGCACCUCAAAGAUGGCCAGAAUGGAGACGAUGCGGUCCAACCGAUGGUGGACGAGUCAGAGGACGAUAGCAGCGAAGACAGUGAGGACGACCUCACGUUUGCGGCGGCUCGAGGCGGUGCACAGGAAGACGACAAUGACGACGAGGACAUGAACGGUGGAGAGGCUGCAACGACCGCUGGAGGAAACGUGAGCGUCGAGUUUCUCUUCGCCGACCCGCGCGAGUCGCACUUCCACAGCAUUAAACAGCUGCUGUUGGCUUACUUACCGCCUUCGCAGCCACUCGACGUCUCCGGGUUAGCCAACUUAGUCGUGGGCCAGGUCACGGUCGGCACUAUGGUAUGCGUGGAAGGAGAAGACGAUGUCUACGGAUUCAUUACGGCCUUGAACCUGACGCGACAUGAGAAAGAAAUGAGUAUCCAACAGAUCGUGCAGUAUGUGACCAAGAAGUGCCCGAGUGCGGACCUCUCCAAGCUGCAGCAGAUCCUCCGCACGAAAAACGUGGGACUCGUGCUCAAUGAGCGUAUGGUGAAUCUACCGUAUCAGCUAGUGCCGGCAGUGCACUUGGCCCUGCACGAAGAUGUUGAGUGGGCGGUGAAGAACGAGGAUACGCAGGAGCUACGCGACAGUUUCUUGAUGGACUACUUUCUCAUCCUGUCUACUUGUAUGGAGGAAAAAAGUGGCAGUAGUGGCCCCAAGAAAGGCAAGAAGACCAAGACGACGUACGAACAGACCGCCAAAUUCUUCCACAACUUUGAGGACGAGUUCCUUCAGCAGGAGGCAGAAUUGACGUUCUCAUUCGAUGCGCCGUUGACCGAGCGCGAGCGCGUGGACAAGAGCAGCAAGACGACAGUCGUGAUGCUGCUGACGCGUGAGAAGCACAAAGCGGCAUUGGCCAGCAUUUCGGCUAUGAUCAACGUGUAA